AUGGCCCGAAUCAGGCGAUGGGUCGAAAAGCUGAAGGUGUCGUCAGAGCCCGGACUGAGCAAUGCUCAGUUGAUGUUGACAAAUGAAGACUUGCGGCCAGUCGAUCCUGACCGGCGUCAGUGGAAAUGGUUCAAUUUCAUCGCUUUCUGGAUUGCCGAUUCGCUGAACAUCAACACUUGGAUGAUCUCCUCUUCGAUGAUUGUCGAUGGCCUCUCAUGGUGGCAGUCUUGGAUCUGCGUCUGGAUCGGAUACUUCAUCGCAGCCACCUUUGUCUGUCUUACUGGUCGCAUCGGCGCGAAAUACCACGUUCCAUUCCCUGUCGCCGUGAGAUCGAGUUUUGGAAUCUGGGGCUCAUUUUGGCCGGUCCUAAAUCGUGCCGUCAUGGCUGUCAUCUGGUACGGAGUGCAGUCAUACAUUGGAGGACAAUGUGUUACUUUGAUGAUCGAGGCCAUCUGGCCUAGCUAUGCUCAUCUUCACAACUCCCUUUCUGCCAGCGCUGGUGUCGAUACCAAGAACUUCGUCAGCUUUUUCCUCUUCUGGCUUCUAUCAUUGCCUGCUCUGUGGUUCCCAAUCCAUAAGAUCAGACAUCUGUUUACCGUCAAGGCGAUUUACUCUCCUAUUGCCGCCAUAGCUUUCUUUGCGUGGUCUAUUGCUCGCGCUCACGGUAUUGGGCCGGUUGUACAUCAGCCCGCUACAGUCCACGGAAGCACUCUUGCCUGGGCGAUUGUGAAGGCAAUCAUGAGCUGCCUGGGAAACUUCGCCGCUCUCAUCAUGAACGAUCCUGAUUUCUCGAGAUUUGCGAGAAAGCCAAAGGAUGCAUUGUGGUCGCAGCUGUUGACGAUCCCGAUUGGUUUCGGCAUCACUUCGUUCAUCGGCAUUAUCGCAUCCUCAGCUUCCGCAGUCAUCUAUAACACAGACCCUGUGUGGAAUCCGCUUGACCUGCUAGGAAUGUUCUUGGAUGGAGCUAGCUCGGUGGAAAGAUUCGGAAUCUUUGUGAUUGCCACCGGGUUUGCCCUCGCACAGCUGGGAACAAACAUUUCAGCCAAUUCCGUGUCUGCUGGUACGGACCUGACUGCUUUGCUCCCACGUUAUCUCAACAUCCGGCGUGGUAGCUAUAUUUGUGCUGCAAUUGGUUUGGCUAUGUGUCCGUGGAACCUUGUGUCUUCGUCCAACCAGUUCACGACAUAUCUCUCGGCUUAUUCCAUCUUUCUGUCCGCCAUUGCCGGCCCCAUGAUCUGUGACUAUUAUUUGAACCGCAAAGGCUACCUUCAGGUCAAAGAUCUCUACAGCGCCCGCAAGGAUGGAGCAUAUUACUUCGUCUUCGGUUUCUCCUGGCAUGCGUAUGCCUCGUAUCUCUCCGGUAUCCUUGUCAAUAUCGUCGGCUUUGCAGGCGCGGUUGGUCGUACCGUGCCAGUGGGAGCUCAGUACAUCUACAACAUCAAUUACUUUUCGGGCUUCUUUGUCUCCGCCGUGAUGUACUAUAUCCUCACCCGCGUCUUUCCCGUACCUGCGACGAGCGACAGAUGGAACGAGAUGGAUUCCGACGACGAGGUGGCCUAUGGACAGGAAGUGGAUUCCGACGACAUGCACGCGCCCGGGGAAGUAAGCUCGCUGGAUAAAGGCUCAGAUUCGGAUCAGAAAGGAGCCAAGAUUGCCUCUGGGGCAAUGCACCUCGUGAUAUUUCUGUCAAUUUCAGGUCUAGCCGUCAGUGACCUGGAGAACUCGAAGUGCAUACUCUCCACGAUCGCGGAAGACGGGUCGUCCAGAGGAGGGAUGAAAGAAAAAGCCAAGCCACCUCGAUACCGCCGCAUCGGAGCUGGUGCCUGCGGGACAGUCUGGGCGUCCUCAGAGCGAGGCCCAGCAUACAAACGAGAAGACGGCGGGCUUGCUCGAUCGCUCAGAAACGACUACGAGAAGCAUCAAAGAAUCCUCCACAGCCUAGAUGAAAGCUGGUGGACAGAACAUCUCUCCCGCUUCCCUGAGGGGUACUCACCCUGCAAUGUCAUCCACUCGCAGCGCGUCUUCCCCUUUCCCAAAGCAAGUAGAGAGCUUCUCGUCGCCAAAUAUUGCCCCUCUGAUCUCGUAGCUGAGAUUCUGGCCAGCGAGAUGAACGAGGAUUGUCUGGUUCGGCCGUAUCUCGGUCGAAGACGUACACAGGUGCAUCAGCCCGCGCGAGCGUCGAGGUUUAAGGCUUUUUCGCUUCGGAAUUACCCGCUACAUAUAGACCAGAUGGAGGAACUCGGUAUCCCGGGUCAGGAUAUGAGGGGGUACGCCGAAGCCAUGGCGGAGACACUAGCGAUCAUGCACUGGGCCGUACAGAUCGAUGCGAACGAUGUGGAGUUUGUCCUGGCUCCUCCUGGUGGGGAGAAAGGCGAGUGGGAGAAUGUGCUCGGCGAGCAUGCGAUGUGGGUGCUUGAUUUUGACCUGUGUAGGGAUAUGUCUAUGGAUAAGGCCGGGGUAGAGCAAGCGGUCGUUGCUUUCUGGAAAAAUGAUCCGUUCUAUCCCCGGCCAGAGGGGGAGUCGUUUCUUUGGCAGGCGUUUCGAGAGAAGUACUUGAGCACGAGCCAGCGGAUUGUGGGUGAUAGGCCGGGUGAUCGGCGGCUUGAGCUAUCGAAGCUUUUUGUUGACUCGUCCGUUCUGAUCGUCAUCUCUCAUCCCAAUGGUACCGCGGCGGUUGACUCUCCAUUGAGGAGCACGUUGAUUCCCAGAGACACCAUGUCUUUGGCUAAGAUUCUGGUCUCACUGACGCUGGCAGCGUUCAUAACUCAUGUCGUUUAUCUCUGCUACUUUCAUCCUCUCGCUCGCUAUCCUGGGCCUUGGCUUGCCCGCUUCACUAAUGCCUGGAGACUCGUUGCAUUCUUCAGCGGCCAGCAUCACUUGAUAGAACAGCAUCUACACGCUAGAUACGGUCGUGUGGUUCGAGUUGCACCUAACUGGCUGUCAUUCUCCGGUCUGGACGAUUUCGAGGCUAUUUAUGGCUUCAACAAGGCCAUCGAGAAGAACGAAUUCUAUGACUUUGGUCGCAAUCGGGGCAGCCGGCCCGAGAGCAUCUUCGCCGCAAAGACAGAGGCCAGUCACCGAGUCAAGAAGAAGAAGGUGGUCGGUCCAGCUUUGACUAGUACCAGGAUCGCUAUAUACAAGCCUGUCAUCGAUAAGCAUGUGGGGAUUCUGCUGGCGCGGCUGAAGUCACGGUUGACGGGUUCACUACUAGAUGGGAGGAACAAUGGUACUACUGAAGUGAACAUGGCACCCAUUGUGCAUCAGUUCACUCUAGACACAAUGCUUGAGCUGGUCUUUGGACCUAGCCUAGCGGCCCACCCGUAUACCGAUACCCCUGCUGGCGAAGGGGUAUGUUCAAAUCUCCGCGUCAUGACCAAAAUGGCCUGGAGUUUCUCGCUUUGGCCGGCCUUUGGGUGGCUGAUGAACACACGUCCGAUAGAUGCAAUGUUACGCCGACCGAUUUACAACAAGCAAGGCGUACUGACCGGUAUGGCGGGCCUCAUGGGCGUGGCCAUGCCGAAGCUCCUGAGGAACCCACAACAAGUCGUCGCAUCUCCUCAGCCGAGCAUCGUCAGGAGCUGGCUAGAAGUCCCUCAGGACGAUGCGAAUCGUAUGACUCCAGCGGAAGUCGCGUCAGAGUCGUCCAACUUAAUCAUAGCAGGACCAGGAAGCACAGCCGCUGCUCUGACAGCGGUCAUAUUUCACCUGGGCACGAAAGAAGGCCAAACUUGGCAGGAAAAGAUUCGAGGCCAAGUCCGUGCAUCCAAGGGCCUUGAUUUAUGGCCAUCCUCGCCGGAACUGCAGGCGGUGAUCAAAGAAACGUUAAGACUAGCCUCCCCAUUUCCGACUGCGUUCCCCCGAGUGAUUAGACCUGGAGCCGAGACGGCCAUACCUAGCCUCCCUGCUCCGCUGCCUGUCGGAACAAUGGUCUCAGCGAAUACAUUUGUGCUGGGUCGAUCGCGGGAGCUCUGGGGCAACGACGCCGAUGAAUGGGAACCACAGCGCUGGCUGGGGAGUGAGCAGCAGCGUCGAGAGAUAGAGACGAAGUUUGUGGCAUUCAGCAAGGGCUCGCGGAGCUGUGUCGGACGCGAGUUGGCGUUGCUUGUUCUCGCACAGGCAGUGAUUGGGAUCAUCCAGCAGUGGAGAUUCCGCAGUAAGGGGGAGCUGCGAGGCAAAAGCUUGCUUGAGAUGCAGUAUGACGAGUGCUGGAUUGAAUUGGAGCCGCUUGACAUGUCGUUGAGUGAAUGA